GUCAUAGUAAUGACCGUAGAUUGCCCGGUAAUUAUGAGGUGGCCUCCUCCAAAGGCUUACCAGUCUUGAGUCAUUUUGCAAUUCAAAUGAAGUGUUCAGAAUAUUAUAUUUGGCUUAUAUGGGACCGCAUCUAGAACAUGCGAUUCGCGAAACAAAAUCUUCUUUCAUAUACAAACUAGAUAUAAUUGAAAGGGUUCAACAACUUGAAACAUAAAUCUGGAAAGGUUAUUCUAGCCUGCCUUAUAAAGGUUAACUGAAAUGCUCUAUCCUAGUUCCGUUUCCCGUGCACUAAAUGAUGAUUUUUGUAUCAAUGUCUUAUCUUUUUAUCAAACACAGGACUGAUCAUCUGAGAGGAUAUUUUCAGAAGGGUCAAAAAGCGAGAUCAAACCGGUUACAUCUGGAAUUCCGUUUCGUUCACUGAGUUGUAAAUUGCUGUAAUUGUCUACCCGAAUACGUAGUAUCAGCAUCUGUUCAUACGUCUAAAGAGAUUGGGUCUUCACAGUACUGGAAGUCACGAGGUUUAACCUCCUGUCCCUAACUUUGAAGACAUUCCUUUAUACUUUGGAACAGUUUUGAAGCACCGGUGGUUUAACUUAUGGUGUAAAUCAAGUGCUUUUUGUACAGUUAUGAAACCAACAUGAGGCCCGAUUUGCUGAUGUUGCUAGUCCUAAGCCUGAGUAAAGAUGAAAGAACUUUGCUGCAAAGUCACUAUGCAGAAAAAAUAUUAAGACCGGACUUCGGAUACCCUAUGUGUUGCCAAAUUAGCCAUUGGACUGAAAUUGGGAUUCAUUAGAACCGGAAUUCGAAAUUCAAUUUAACACAGCUGUUAUGGAGAAGGAUUUUACUGGUUUGAUAGACGAUCUUUUGUUUAUCAAAGUCAUUGAUCAGAAUCUUGAUCAAUAAAUGAAAUGCAGUGAUACAAAGUAUGGUCGAUUGGUGGUUAUUCACGAGACCACAUUAUUGGCUUAAGCUUUUGUAUAAUUUGAAAUAAAAAAAGCAUGACCAUUAGCCAGAAGAAUAGAUUUUUCAUAUAAUAAAAUGACAUGCUUAUGUACAACAUAAUCACACAAACAAAAGUGUUAUCAUAGGUGGUUGGAAAAAUCAGUUUGUAAAUCACUAAUUUUGCAACCAAUUAAGACCUGAUUGUUAGGCCUAAUUCUUGCCCGUCACGACAACAGUUGACUAGCUUAGUAAACUAGUUUAACCCAUUAUAUGUAGUAUGUCAUGAUGUGGUGUUUCCCAUUUUUAAAUGUCACCGUCUUUUUUGAUUAAUAAGUGUUUUCCGGCUUUUAGGAUGAAAAUCUACUUGGCUUUCUUACUCAUUGGAUUUGGGGCGUUACUCUGUCACAGUGAAGCAAUAAUUAAACAACAUUUACCAGCUGAACUUCUGUGUUCAGACAUAAAUUGUUUGAAAACCAUAACUACUGGAAGUCUUAUCAAAGAUGUUAAUGUACCGAAUAAGAAAACAUUAAAAGUGAAUACCUUAGUGGACAUAAUAGGAUUAAGCGCUGAUGCUACUAAUUCUAUGAUGAAAAUAAAAUUCGGCGAAGAAUAUUUAUACAUCGACCCAAGUUUUGUACAAAUUAAGGAUUCUGUUAGUUCACGCAAAUUUUUAAAGGUGAAAAACUUCGAUAUAAAUUUGAAUCCUUCGACUCUAUUAGAUGAAAGAACACUUAAUCUAGUGUCACCUUACCAACUACCAUCGGAUGAAGAUUUGAAUUACAAAUCUACAGAGAAAAUAUCUGAGAAAGAUCAUCCAGAUAACAAGCAAACAAGUUUCCGCAAUCAAAGACAGAGUAAUGCUCAUGAUACUAGAGAAAGGACGAAUGAAAUUGAUGAAAUGGACGUGGUUAGUAGCAGAAGUUAUGAUCAGGUGAGCAAACAAGAAACUACAUACAAGAUAGAUUCUGAUGAAGUGGAACAAGAUGACAAAAUUGAGGAAGAUAAUGACGACAAUGAGUUUGACUAUAACAAUUCAUACGAAAUAAAACAUGGUGACACGCAUACCACAGACUAUCCAUCCGAAUCACCCGGUGAACCGGCUUCUGUGAAUCAAAAACCGUCAUCGGUUCAGUCACAUCACGUUGAAAUGAAUGCGUCUGGAAUCGAACAUGUGGAAACCCAUGUACCGAUACGACCACCGACUGUCUCACCCGAUACUGAUAAGGAGUCGAAGGAGGAUGUUUCGAGUAGAUCUGAACAGGGUGAACCUGUUUCUGUGAAUCAACAACCGUCAUCUGUCCAGUCACAUCACGUUGAAAUGAAUGCGUCUGGAAUCGAACAUAUGAAAACCCAUGUACCGAUACGACCACCGACUGUCUCACCUAAUACUGAUAAGGAGUCGAAGGAGGAUGUUUCGAGUAGAUCUGAACAGGGUGAACCUGUUUCUGUGAAUCAACAACCGUCAUCUGUCCAGUCACAUCACGUUGAAAUGAAUGCGUCUGGAAUCGAACAUAUGAAAACCCAUGUACCGAUACGACCACCGACUGUCUCACCUGAUACUGAUAAGGAGUCGAAGGAGGAUGUUUCGAGUAGAUCUGAACAGGGUGAACCUGUUUCUGUGAAUCAACAACCGUCAUCUGUCCAGUCACAUCACGUUGAAAUGAAUGCGUCUGGAAUCGAACAUAUGAAAACCCAUGUACCGAUACGACCACCGACUGUCUCACCUGAUACUGAUAAGGAGUCGAAGGAGGAUGUUUCGAGUAGAUCUGAACAGGGUGAACCUGUUUCUGUGAAUCAACAACCGUCAUCUGUCCAGUCACAUCACGUUGAAAUGAAUGCGUCUGGAAUCGAACAUAUGAAAACCCAUGUACCGAUACGACCACCGACUGUCUCACCUGAUACUGAUAAGGAGUCGAAGGAGGAUGUUUCGAGUAGAUCUGAACAGGGUGAACCUGUUUCUGUGAAUCAACAACCGUCAUCUGUCCAGUCACAUCACGUUGAAAUGAAUGCGUCUGGAAUCGAACAUAUGAAAACCCAUGUACCGAUACGACCACCGACUGUCUCACCUGAUACUGAUAAGGAGUCGAAGGAGGAUGUUUCGAGUAGAUCUGAACAGGGUGAACCUGUUUCUGUGAAUCAACAACCGUCAUCUGUCCAGUCACAUCACGUUGAAAUGAAUGCGUCUGGAAUCGAACAUGUGGAAACCCAUGUACCGAUACGACCACCGACUGUCUCACCUGAUACUGAUAAGGAGUCGAAGGAGGAUGUUUCGAGUAGAUCUGAACAGGGUGAACCUGUUUCUGUGAAUCAACAACCGUCAUCUGUCCAGUCACAUCACGUUGAAAUGAAUGCGUCUGGAAUCGAACAUAUGAAAACCCAUGUACCGAUACGACCACCGACUGUCUCACCUGAUACUGAUAAGGAGUCGAAGGAGGAUGUUUCGAGUAGAUCUGAACAGGGUGAACCUGUUUCUGUGAAUCAACAACCGUCAUCUGUCCAGUCACAUCACGUUGAAAUGAAUGCGUCUGGAAUCGAACAUGUGGAAACUCAUGUACCGAUACGACCACCGACUGUCUCACCCGAUACUGAUAAGGAGUCGAAGGAGGAUGUUUCGAGUAGAUCUGAACAGGGUGAACCUGUUUCUGUGAAUCAACAACCGUCAUCUGUCCAGUCACAUCACGUUGAAAUGAAUGCGUCUGGAAUCGAACAUAUGAAAACCCAUGUACCGAUACGACCACCGACUGUCUCACCUGAUACUGAUAAGGAGUCGAAGGAGGAUGUUUCGAGUAGAUCUGAACAGGGUGAACCUGUUUCUGUGAAUCAACAACCGUCAUCUGUCCAGUCACAUCACGUUGAAAUGAAUGCGUCUGGAAUCGAACAUGUGGAAACCCAUGUACCGAUACGACCACCGACUGUCUCACCUGAUACUGAUAAGGAGUCGAAGGAGGAUGUUUCGAGUAGAUCUGAACAGGGUGAACCUGUUUCUGUGAAUCAACAACCGUCAUCUGUCCAGUCACAUCACGUUGAAAUGAAUGCGUCUGGAAUCGAACAUAUGAAAACCCAUGUACCGAUACGACCACCGACUGUCUCACCUGAUACUGAUAAGGAGUCAAAUGUGGAUGUUUCACAAGUUUCAUAUUCCAUCUCGUCAAGUGACAUUUUGGACAAUGAUAGUCAUAUAGAAUCUAAUAUUUCAAAUUCACAUUUUUCAUUGCAUGAUCGUAAACAAGGAGUCAUCACCAGUGAUCUCAUCGGUGUUCAAGAUAUUGGAAUAAUUUAUUCUUCAGAUGUAAAUAGCUCUAUUCUUUCAUCCGUUUCACGAAAAGUGUCUGAGGAUCAAAUUAUUUUCAAUCAUCACAGUGUUCCCGUUCACUUAGGUUUGAUACAAUGUAUAUACUGGGCAGCAAACGCUAGCUUUGAUAAAACGUAUUCUAAAACUGUUAGGUCACCUUUUUCGCGCUUCUUAGUCAAUGGAUUUUGGUACUUCUUUGCAGCUGCUAACGUUUCUCUGCAGUAUUUACCAGAAAACAUUAUUUCCAAUUUAGAUAAUUUUUUGCUUGAAACAUUUUCUUUAUCAGUAAAUUUCAUUAUUGCUUGGAUGAUUUUUAUAAUUCACUUAAUUUUUAUGUGGAAUCUAAGUAAGGGCGUACAUUUCCUUCUAUCUAAAUACAUUUUUUCUGAAAAAUGCACAUCUCCAUCUCUCGUAGAAUAUCUAAAACUUGAGGAGUAUAGCAUUCAACUAGCUAGCCAACUUUCAGAUACGGAAGAAUCUAAUUCUCAUUUAUCUAAAUGGGCUAAUUCACUUUCAUGCAGUCUUCAAAAUCUACAGGAAGAAUAUACUUCCAAAUUAUCUGAAAUGACAUUAUCUAUGGAUGAUUCUCGGGAAUCUUUCAUACGUGCUCAAUCGGAGUUGAAUCAUUUAAAAAAUACUCAUAAUUCACUGGAACAAAACUUACGUUUGAAGUUAACUGAUAAAGAAGAAGUCAUUCAUGGAUUAAAUUCAGAAAUUAAUCGUCUGAAACAAUUACACUCUGAAAAUGAUGAUAAAUGGAAGAAAAGUCUUUUAGAUCUAGAAGAAAGUAACCGUAAGUCAAUAGAAGAAUUGAAAGAGGAACAAGAACAGUUAUAUUCUCAAGCUAAUUUGUAUUAUAAUCGCAUGAAGACGAUGCAAUCAGAGGUCGACAAAAUUUUAGAAUCUAGAAAAGCAUCUGAGGAAAAGUUACUGAUUAAAGAAGCAGAAUUUCAAAGUUUGCUUGCUACUUUUAAUACGCUUAAAGGUCUUGAGGUGAUUUUUGAACAGGAAUCUUCCUCAAAACAGGAAACAAAUGAUAUGGAAGAACGUGAAGUAACCACCACUGACAACCUAUCUAAUGUUAGUCGCACGUUAGAGGAUGACGUGGAGAUUAGCGAUAAGUCAAGCAUUAUUUCCGAAAGUGCUUUGUGUGAUUUAAUUGAAGUCGAUGAAAAGACUACAGAAAAAUCUAGAUUACAGAAGAAUUUAUCAUUGCUCUUAGAUGUUGGUCGUUUGCAUGCUCAAAUCAGACUUAAAGAUGAACAAAUUAAAGCUGAAGAGUCUAAAGCAAAAAAUGAACAUGAUCUUCGAGUUGAAGUUGAAUCCAAAAUGGAAGAGAUAGAAAGAGAGAAUUCAACUCUUAAAGCUAAUUUAAUUCAUAUUGAACAAGAAAGAAAUGCUUAUCAAACAAAGCUUGAUAUUUUAUCCUGUUAUUUUAAAGAACGUGAACUUGAACUGCAAAGGGAUUUAGGUAAGCAUGUCGUAGUUGGUUCAGAAUCUUCCGAAGCCCUUAUGCACAGUCGAAAGCGUAAUCAAGAGCUUGAGGGGGAAGUUAAAGUAUUACGAGAUCAAAUGGCAGCUUUACGUCGAGAGCUAGUGGAAACUGAAAGAACUAGUAGGCGUCAAAUAUCGGAGUUAGAUAAGCGUUCUCAUGAAAAUUGGUUAGCAGCUCGUGCGUCUGACCACCAAAUUCAAGAUCUACGUGAAGAAAACUUCAGUUUGCGACAAAAGCUCAUUGAAUCAGAGAACAAUGCAUUACGAUCGUCAAUGCGCGCCAUCCCGGAAAAAAUAAAUAGUUCAUCUCGUGAGAAAAUUAUGAACAUUUUCACAAGACCUAUUUUACCACUAGAAUUUAUGAAAAAUCCAAGUGUAAGAGAUGUACGCUCUCAAUCAAGAAAUUCUCUAACAAAUUUAACAUCGCAACGGCCGGUAGCAGAAGCUAAUCCAUUCCCAUUCAUCCCAACACCACCCCGAGGAACAAUGCCUUUUUCGGGUGGAUUUCAAAGAGAUGUCAUACCAACACCAACAAGGCCUCUUUUGCCAGGAUUUCCUCCAGUGCAAAUGAGUUUCCCGUCAGCAUUUUUAGCUCCCCCAUUCGCGCCCGCCAUGAAAGCGAUGACUGACCAAAAUAAUAAACAAAAUAGUUCUCCUUCUUCUGUAAGCAGUUCACUAAAGUGAUUUUAGAUCUAUAACGCUUUGUUUAGUAUGUGGUUUUUCUUGCAUUUUAAUCUUCCGUUCUCUACGUUCCGAUUGUUUCGUUGUGGUAUUAUUAUUUAGGUUAUUUUGAAUCAGGCUGUAAAGUGAUAAUAUUUUUACAUUUGGUCUUUUGAUAAUAAGUAUGUGCAGAUAUUAUAUUUCAGAUUACAUAUAUCAAGAAUAAUAUUUUAAACAUUAGUUGGUUAUUGCACAAAAAAUCUUUUAUUCUGUGUUCGUACUUACGAAAAUGUUUCUGUUUGUUAUUUAUUGCUCCGAUAUUACUUUAUGUGAACCAUUUUUGUUUUUGGUGAAUAAUGGUUCUUGAGUCAUUCGCUUUAUUAAAGAAAAUGUUCUAAAUUAGUGAAAAGUAUGUAUUUUUGUCAUUUCAUUAUCUAUUGUCUACCAACUGUCCUAAAGUAAUAUUACUGAAUUGUUUGAGUUCAUUGAAGAUAAUUAUUUGGUUUAUAUCUCAGUCAUUAGUUUUAAAUGUAAUCGGGAAUUUCCAAAGAAGAUCGCUAAUUACAGCGCUUAGCGAUAUUAGUUCACAAUCUGGAAAAAAUACCAGCCUUUUUUUCGUAAUUUGACAUUCUUGUCAAAUAAUAAGGAAAUGAAAACUUUAAUUAUGUGUUGCUCAUGGAAAGUUGUCUUUAAUACUCCGACCUGAUACUCAUUUAAACAAUUAGUCGUGAUAGCAUGAACAUGGCAUUGACUCUAUCUCUAAUGUAGGAAUUAAGGUAGUAAGUUUUCAAACCUUUCGUCUUACAGCUCCCGUUAAUCUUAUCAAAUUCUUAAAAUGGUAGGCAGAUGUGUCACUCGUUUAAUUGUCAUUGUACUUAUAGUUGUUUCGACUAGCAAUGAGAAAUUUUACUGUCAAUUUCAUUUUAUUUUAGCUGGCUUAACUUGUAUUUUUUAGCUCAUAAGAAUUUAGCUCGAUGCUUAGUGUACGCAGCUGAACGCUUGAUUGCUAAGCCACACAGAAGUUUACUCGUUCCUUGAAUAACUUUGUUUUCAUUUCGUCUUAUCCCUUUCUAAUAUGUACAACUCGUGGACAAUAGUCAUUUCUUAUGUUUGCAAAAAUCUGUAACCUAAUGUUUUCGGAAGGAAUCUAAUCUUUGAUUUAAAGUCCUUGCCAUAAAGUGUGAUUAUGCUACAAUUUAGCAAAUAUUUUGAUGUAUUUCAGACGAUGUAAGAAUAACGUCAUUGUUUUUUUUUUUAGUUAAGUCUUCAUGAAGGAUUCCUUUAUGUAUUCAAUUUAUCCAACAUCAAGUUGCACCUUUUACUUUGUCCUGAAAUUAGAUGAUGAAAACUAAUAAUUAUACUCUGC